UCCAGUCAAGAUCCAGUCUCAAUCACAGUGACAUACAGCACACUCCGCAGGAAGAUGGUAAGUGAGACAGCAUGGUGGCUUCGUCACUUGUCCCUUUUCAUCCUCCUCUUCAUGGGUGUACCACCUGUGGUCCGAGCAGGGGAUGAUGUGGCAUGUGAAACACUACCCUCUGAAAUACACAUCAUCAAAGAGGAAUUUGAUGACCUUGGGCGUCUGCAACGAACAUGUAGCAGUGAAGUGAGUGUCAACAAGUGUGAAGGUUCUUGCACUUCACAGGUGCAGCCUAGUGUGAUCACCCCCACAGGAUUCCUGAAGGAAUGUUACUGUUGCCAUGAGAGUUUCCUGAGAGAGCGUAUCAUCACCCUGACUCACUGCUAUGAUCCUGAUGGAGCGAGACUCACACAAGAAGGGCAAGCAUCUCUUAAUGUCAAAAUCAGAGAACCAGCUGACUGUAAAUGUUUCAAAUGUGCAAAGGAUGAGUGCCAGGUGACGCCAGUCAUACAUGUUCUGCAGUACCCAGGAUGUGUGCCCAAACCCAUCCCAUCAUUUGCUUGCACCGGUCGCUGCAGUAGUUACCUCCAGGUAUCGGGUUCAAAGAUCUGGCAGAUGGAACGCUCAUGCAUGUGCUGUCAGGAAAGUGGGGAGCGUGAAGCAAACGUCUCUCUGUUCUGCCCAAAAGCCAAAGCUGGAGAGCGUAAAUUCAGAAAGGUGAACACAAAAGCACCAUUAGAAUGCAUGUGUCGGCCCUGUUCAACAGUUGAAGAAAGUGCAGUCAUCCCACAGGAAAUUGCCGGCUAUGCAGAUGAAGGUCCACUCAGCAAUCACUUCAGGAAGUCUCUAUAGAAUUCCUGUAUCACUGAAAGUCUUUAAAACCUAUUCUCUUACCAUGUUCUGGAAACUGUUCAACUGUAGUUUACCACUAUACAUCACACAGAAAAAACGGGGCUGUUACCUGAAAUAAACACAUAAUGUUCUACACUCUGAUUUGAUGACAGAAAUUUGAACCUCAAACUUUGUAAUGGAAAUUGUUGCCUAAAAGUGUAGUGCAAAUACUCUCAAACCAGCCAGCUCUUUUCACUAGGCAAGAUUUGGCAGUAUUAUGCAUGAACAAUAAUCCUUUUUUAGAAAAAUGGGUGCACCAACAUCCCAAGUAAUGAAUGCUGUAAUAUGCCAUGCUGCUUACCUGUGUUGUAACAGAUCUGUUUCCUGCUAAACUGACACAGCUGCCAGCAUACAUGUCACCAACAUUAUGAGAUACUCGGAAACUUGCGUAACUUUCUGUAGGUUAGCGAUAUCAGCAGCUAAAUCAUCACGUGUCAAAAAGUAGGACAGAUAAAUUUGUAAAACAAAUGGAAGGUAGAAUCUGCAUAUUGCUUGCUUAGGUUCCUGCUCCUUGCCAGUUGCAAAAUAUCUGUAGCAAUGACGGAGGUGCCACUUGACAGCUCUAUUAUGAGACCUGUUUACAGAUGAUACACAUAAAUUAAGCACUUACAGAAAACUCAUCUGACAGUACAACUCAGCAAUGGGCAAGGAGAUAAUUUAUGCAUGACUAAGGAAAGACCUUGUAUAAUUCAACACGUUUUGAAGCACAUACAUAAGCCUUGUAAAAUUCUUCAGGAUUCAUGCUAUUUCAAAAUUCUCACAUGAAGUCAAGACUUAUUUCUUACAGCACACCAUUCCAAAUUUGGAUAACAUGCUACUGCAAUGUACUGUAUGUAUACGAGGAUAAUGUAAUCUGUGGAAAGUGAGAAAAUUCACUAUAACAAUGCACUAAAUGACCAACAGGUAUGAUUUCUUGCAGGGGGGGGGGUUCUUUCCUCUGCACCAUCCCGACUGACACCAAAGCCCAACCAGACUCCAAUCCACGCACUAACAGUGGCUGGUUCCCAUGGGGUGUGAUGCUGACCACUCACCCCCAUCUAGCACCAAGAUUAAGAAUGGUGCUUACUUUCACUCCCCUAUGUGUGGCUUGACAAUAAAGUUUGCGAACUCAUCGCAGUGAAAUUGCUACAUGAAUGAAUGAGGGGUACGCCUUCCUGCACCUUGCACCGCAACCUACAGUGGUCUAUUGUCCUUAAAUUACCCCACUACUGAAUUUCACUUCCGUCACCUUCAAAGUACUCCCGAUGGGAAGCUACGCACCAAUUCCAGCAUCUAGUCCACCCUUUAAAACAAUUUUGGAACUGGUUUUGUGGAACAGCCUUCAGAGCAGCUGUCAUAUUACUUCUGAUGCCAUCAAACUGCCCUCCUUUCAAUAUUUUCUUUACCUUCGGGAACAGAAAAUGACUGGGGACUAGAUCUGGUGAAUAGGGUAUUCCAGCAGGGUUAUUGAUUGUCAGACCUCUCACAUCUUCAUGGAACAAUGCUCAGCGAAAGGGCAGCAACUUUAAAGAUUACUUUCGCAAUGGAAUUUAUGGCAAAAUACUUUCUGUUGGAUAUCUGGUUCACUUCACAUGGCAAACAGUUUGGGCUAAAAAAAACUGUAAUAUACUUACAAGGACUUUAGGAUAUGAACACGUACCAGCGUAGAAACUAAUACACACCCCAAUUAAGGUAUCAGCACAAAAGGGGGGGGGGCCAUUUUGCUCCACAAGUUAAUGGGACUUUGGUACGGUAAAGCACGAGAUGCUCUGUACCAUAUACAGGGCCUUUUAGUAAAUCUUGCACAACUUCAGUGAUUCUUGGAUCAACCUACACAAUUUCCUACAAUAGGGCAUAUGAGUAUCUCAUCAGGAACAGGAAGGAUACUUAUUAUGUUUAAUAAGUAAAAGGAAAGUUAUUUGAAAUAUUCUACAUCCUCAUUACCAGAGGGUCCGCAACAGAACUCUGCAUGGGUCAGGCAUCGACAAGUCACCUAGGCUGUCAAAACUUUUAAGUGAGUCACUUUAUUUUAGAUAUGGUUUAUAAUGUUUCAUAAAUAGCCUUUUCCCUUUCCACAAGACAAAAUUGUAGAACAUUUUUACUGAUAGUUUCCAAGAAUGUUUUUGCCACCUUUCCUCAGUCAUGUAAUAAAAAUUUUAUUUCAAAGAAAAUUUGUAUUUAGUUCACCAAUAAUGAAAUUAGUUAAAUCCUUACUGUUGAUUCGGUGGCAAUAGCCAAGGUUUGGGAGAUUCUGUCAAUCUAGUACCCUUCAUCAUAGCUGCCCGUAUUUCCUUUUCAUUCAUUAAGCAUGGUACAUGAAUUAAGAUCUCUGUUAAGUUACAAAUGGGAUAUCCUACGUUGAUCUCACGGAAAGGGAAGACCGCAAGGCUGCCAAGCAUUGAAAGAAAAAAAAAACCCAACUUGUUCUCCAGUACAUUAGCUUUCAGUUUCUGUGAAAUUGUUGCAGUAAAAGGAGUACUUAAAAAAAGAAACUGAACAAGUCAAAAAAUAUAUAUAACACUAGGAGACAUAGUAAUAACAACAGAACAGUUUAUACAUAUUUUUUUCAACUCUUAUUUAUAUAUUUUUUCCUUAACAUUUUUCCUAUUACCCUCUUAAUAACCCAAGUCUUCAAUCCAUUUGUAAACACUUUCCCAUGUUACUCGGAGUACAACUGGCAACAUCUUCACAUGAACCUUUUUCAACUUUCCCAAUUUUGUUUAAACUGUACAAAACUUAGCUUCUCUCUCACACGCACUUUCAUACACAGAAUAAUAACUCAUAUAUAGUCGACUCACUGCAGUCACUCGCUCAACAAAAACAAUGCUAUAUAUA